AUGAGAUUUAAAGAGCGUUAUGUUAAUCUAGGUAUAUUAUUAUUGGUGUUUUUAUUUUUUGCGAACAAAUGUAAGGGUUAUAUAUUAAACAUAAAUGUAGUUGAUAAAGAUGAUUUGUUUACUUUUUUAUACAAAAAUGAGCAUUUGUUAGCAGCCAGCUAUUACAAUUUUAAGCCAUCUUAUUUUUUUUCCGUUGAAGAAGGGGAAAUAAGCAUCGACAUGACAAUCCGUUUUCGGGAAAACAAAUUGGUGAAAAAAAAAAACAAAAGCCAAGAAAUAUUAGCAAAAGCAAAUAAAAAUUCUAUCAACAUACUGAACAAUUUCAAUGUGGAUAGAGAAUAUUUUAGUAAACAGAUAGCGAAGAAUAAUGCUCAAGAUUAUAAAGAGACAAACGAGAAAUCAAAUGAUGUAAGUACAGCAUCGAAUAUUGGAUUUUAUAAAAAUGGAGAAAACACGAAUGAUACAACAAGCACAAAUGUGAAUAGACAGAAAUCGAACAACCUUUUUCUUGUUCUUAUAACCGCUGAUCAAUGGCUAAAUUACAUCAGGUUGAAGAAUAAAUUAGAACCUUCACUAAAAAAUGAAGAAAACUAUAUUUUUACAUCUCAUUUUAAUUGUAUAAAAAGAUACCCGUUAGAAGAAGGAAUAAUUAAGAAGAAUAUAAAAAUUAGCCAAAAAAAUAGAUAUAUGUUAUUUUUGAUAAAUAAUAAUAAAUUAAAAAUUAACUUAAAAGGAAACAUUGUUUUUUAUGACUACAAGACAAAACAUUUAUCACAUGAUUUUCUUUUUAUUCCAAAUGUUCUUUAUUUUACUACAAACGUUUUACUAGUUUUAGUGAUUAUUCUGACGUUAUAUUUUAUUAAGUAUCGGGAAAAAACAGACAUAUUCAUGAUACUCAAUAUGCUUUUUUUCCUUCUUUCAACAUACUUUAAUUAUAAAAAUGUGAAUUUCAUAAGAGAUCGUGGAUACAUGUACCUCUACUUCUGGGUGUCAGCAAAUAUUUUGAAGAAAAUCCAAGAAAUAAUUUCCUUCAUUAUAUAUCUGCAAGUUUCCCUUGGUGACAUGUACAUUAGGAGCCAUCUAAGCAGAAUAGAAAUACAGUUUAUGAUAUGUUUUUCAGUCAUAUCUUUUUAUACGGGAAUAUUUGAAAUAUUCUUGGGGAACUUUCAAGCCCCACGAUAUAUACUACAAGCCUUUGCUUACUUAUUCAUUUUCAUUGCGAUUAAUUUCACAUCAACCUUCCUUUCAGCACGCUUAUCGGAAGAAAAUUUAUCCUUUCACGUCGCUGAGUUGUAUAAGAAAUAUGACAUUUACAAAAAAUACAGAGUUAUAUUCUUUGCUGUAAUAUUGAAACCUAUCUUGUUAAUUAUAUACAAAGUCCUAUGCUUGUCGCCUUCAAAUAUCGAUUUAUACAGCUCACACGAGUUUUUGUAUGUUUUUUUUGAUAUCACCUUUGAUAUUGUUUUAUAUGUCCUACUCUUUGUUUUAUUUCGAGCCGUCAAGCCCAUUAAACUUUUAAAGCACAUUUUAAGCAAUGAAAAUUUCCACAUAGAUUAG